AUGGACCCGGUUGGGGACAAGCAAAACAUUUCCGCCGCCAUCCUGCGGGGGGGCUCUAUCGGCAUAGGUUGGGUACGAUAUGGUACAUUGGAUAGGCGGUUCGGCUGCGCGACGGUCCUCAGCAAUGCGGGGCCCGGUAAGAAGCGGAUGCAUGUUGGAGGAUACAUGCAGGCGAUGUCUGUGCUUGGAUGGUCAGACAGAAAAGUGGUCAUUGAGGAUGACGACUGUAGCAACUUUGUUUGCCCGGGUACCAGUGUUAGCGUCUGGGUCAACAAAGAUGCCGAAGGACGAGACAGGUUCCGCGAGUUUGAAGAAUGUCUAUGA